CAAAUUGUCUGUGGCGUUACCUGCCAGUUAGCCGCGCCUCCUCGGUCUACGUCAUUGUUUUGCACCUUCACGCGGAAAUAGACAACGCAACCGAAUUGAACUCUUUCGACUUUUAACGCAGUUUUGACGUGAACAAGAGAACUUUGGGGUCUGCCCGCUGUCGCCAUGGCAACCGUUACAAACAUCCCCAUGCUGCUGCUGCUCCUCCUCCUCCGCGUCUGCGUGGUAGAUGGCGCUGCCGAGAACCGCUCGGAGGCCGCACCCGCCCGUGUCGUGCUCAAGGAGGGAACCGAUGCACGGCUUGAGUGCAACGUAACCGGGGUGGGUGGCAAUGUCACAUGGUACGGUCCUGGCGGACGGCUGCCCGUGGAGGACCCGGGCGGAAAGUGGCUCGUUGAGGAACGCGGUGGCCUCAACAUCAGCGUCGUCUCCUUCGAGGACCGCGGCCGCUACACCUGCGUGUGGGAGGACGGCGGCAACUACAGCGUGACGGUCCGCGUGGCCUACACCCACAGCGGCCUGGGCGUCUACUACGUGGGCGUGUGCCUGGCCACCUUCUCCGUCACCAUGGUCCUCAACGUGGCUCUGCUGGGCAUGGUCCGCAGCCACCUGAAGAAGACAGAGCGGGCCGUCAACGAGUUCUUCCGUACCGAGGGCGCAGAGAAACUCCAGAAGGCCCUGGAGAUCGCCCGCCGCAUCCCCAUCAUCACGUCGGCCAAGACGCUGGAGCUGGCCAAGGUCACGCAGUACAAGACCAAAGAGUUUGCGCGGCACAUGGAGGAGCUGGCCCGCAGCGUCCCCUUGCCACCGCUAUUGCACAACUGCCGCGCCGCGGCCGACGAGGUGGGCAAUGCCGAGCCCCCGGACGGUAGCAGGGAGGCAGCCGGCGGCGACGGGGCGCCGGCGGGGCUGCUGGCGGGGGCGGGGGAUGGAGAAAGCCACGUAGCCCGCCUGGAGGUGUUGAUUCACUCGCCGUAAAGUUUGAAAACGGGCAAGGAAUGCAUUUGUGAACAGCACCAAGAAAAACAAUUGUACCGCGGAUUGGAAAAAGGAAAAUAGCGCUGUCUGUUGAUCGACCACCAGGGGGCGCUGUGCCGCUGUGUAUCACUCCAAGUCCAAGGCUUUUGGUUCACGUAUGCUGACGUUCCCGUUCAUUCCACUGCACCUUGUCUGGUCAUUGUCCACGGGAAAUCAAUUCGAUUGAAAAAUGAAACCAAAAGGAUUUGGAGCAUUGGCAGUGCUCACGUCAAGAUCUCUUGGUGUUCUUUUUAAUGUGUUGUAGAAGUAAAACCGUUUCAUGUACUGUGAAA